AUGUUGGAAACAGACCAUCUACAGACCAUUACAAAAGAAAUCGUCAGAACAGAUCCUCAGUCAAAUAUCAUAUCUCGUCCCACCCAACAAAGAAAACAGAACAGAUUAGGGCCUUAUUUACUAUUGCGUACACUAGGCGAAGGAGAGUUUGGCAAAGUCAAAUUAGGAAUGCAUAUUGAGACUGGUCAAGAGGUUGCUGUCAAGCUUAUAAAGAAGACUAUAGUAGAUAGCACGUGUAGAGCUAAUAAGAUUGAGCGUGAGGUGUCUAUUCUAAAGUCUCUCAAUCAUCCAUUUAUUGUCAAAUUGGUGCAUGUGGUUGAGACGGAUAAGCAUAUUGGGAUUAUCUUGGAAUAUGCAUCGGGCGGAGAGCUAUUUGAGUACAUUUUUGCUCACCGUUACCUUAAAGAGAAAGAUGCCCAAAGACUAUUUGCACAGUUGAUAAGCAGUGUGCAAUACAUGCACCAGAAGAAGAUCGUCCAUCGAGAUUUGAAGUUGGAAAAUCUUUUGCUCGACCGCAACCGGAAUGUGAUUGUCACGGAUUUUGGAUUUGCGAACCAGUUUGAAGACAACGACGAUUUGAUGUCUACCUCUUGUGGAUCACCAUGCUACGCUGCACCCGAAUUGGUGGUGACGGACGGACUCUACACGGGAUCAGCCGUCGACAUCUGGUCGUGUGGAGUGAUCCUAUAUGCCAUGCUCUGCGGCUACCUUCCCUUUGACGACGAUCCUGCCAAUCCAAAGGGUAACAACAUAAACCUCCUCUAUCGCUACAUCCUAUCGACACAACUAGCGUUCCCAAUACAUGUGGGUCCA